AUUUUCACAGAUGAAGAACACAACUCAGUGAUCAUUCCCAAUAAUACAAUCUACUCUGUUCACACAAUGCAGAUAUAUUAUACCACCUAUGACCUCAGGCAGGAAUAUGACACUGUUAACCCUAGAACUCAUGCCAAUGUCAUGGUGCUUUCAGGUGAGAUGAAACCCCACCACCCAUACUGGUAUGCCCACAUAUUGAAUAUCUUUCACAUGGAAACAUGGAUCAAUGAUGGAGGCCAACCUUUGAAGCAGCACCUCAAAGUUCUCUGGGUCAGGUGGCUGGCACCAUUGCAACAACAUCAAUCUGGUUGGAAACAUGCUCGUCUUCUGAAGGUUGUGUUUGUGGAUGAGUCCAACCCAGAUGCAUUUGGGUUUCUCAAUCCAGGCCAAGUAGUUCGAGGAGCUCAUUUGAUUCCUGCAUUCACCUCUGGAUGUGGUAUGGGUUCCCUCCACUAUGGAAAAUCAUUGGCACAUCUGGGGGAAGAGCUAGAUGACUGGGAAGAGCAUUAUGUGGGAAUAUUUGUUGAUAGAGACAUGUUCAUGCACUAUACUGGCUUUGGUGUUGGACAC